AUGGGUUGUGGAGGCGUUGGGCGUUAUCUUCUCCAACACAUUAUCAACACCCGUUCUCUUCACUCUUUUAAGGGAUUUUACUUAAGAGUUGUGGGAAUUUGUGAUAGCCAAUGUUUGGUUGUCACAAGGGAUUUGCUGCACAAGGAUUUGGAUGACAGCCUCUUAUUGAAAGCUUGUCAAGUCAAGAAAAAUGGUUCCUCUCUAUCAAUACUUGGAGAUUUUGAUAAAUGCCAGGUAUAUGGGCAUUUAGAAUCACAAGAAAAAAUUUUGGAAAUUGCCUCUCAACUUGGAAAAUCAACAGGUCUGGUCUGUGUAGAUUGCUCUGCCAGUUCUGACACUGUCAUUAUGCUAAAAGAAGUCAUUCAUAUGGGUUGUUGUAUAGUUCUGGCAAAUAAAAAACCUCUUACAUCUACAAUGGAGGAUUUUGAAAAGCUUUUUGCAUACCCACAUCGAAUUCGGCAUGAAUCAACUAUGGGUGAGGAGGUUAAGGCUAUUGUUCCAAAGUCUAUCUUGAGGAAGUAGAAGAGGGAAGAGGAAUCGGCAUUGACCGAAAAGCAAGACAUUGGAAAUACUAAGAAGAAGAGAGAGGAGAGUCAUGAUGGGCAAUAAGAAGUAGAGGAAGAAGACAACAAGGAGGCUAGAGUGGUGGAAAGAG